UUUGAAUGCGAGUUGUGCGAUCGCUCCUUCAGUGAAAAAUGGGCCCUGAACAACCACAUGAAACUGCACAGUGGGGAGAAACCAUAUAAGUGCGCCUGGCCUUCUUGCCACUACGCCUUCCUCAACCUGUCGGCCAUGAAGGACCACUACAGGACGCACACAGGAGAGAAGUCUUAUCUGUGCGACCUGUGUGGUUUCGCCGGAGGCACCAGACACGCCCUCACCAAACACCGGCGCCAACACACCGGAGAGAGACCCUUCAAGUGUAAAAUCUGCAACUUCGCCUCCACCACGCAGUCCCACCUAUCGCGGCACAAGCGUGUCCACACCGGGGAGAAGCCGUACCGCUGCCCCUGGUGCGACUACAGAUCCAACUGUGCCGAGAACAUCCGGAAGCACAUCCUCCACACCGGCAAACACGAGGGCGUGAAGAUGUACAAUUGCCCCAAGUGCAACCACGCCACCAACUCUCCUAUGGAGUUCCGCAACCACCUGAAGGCCAGUCACCCUGACAUUGAGAACCCGGACCUCGCCUACCUGCAUGCAGGUAUCGUGUCCAAGUCUUUCGAGUGCCGGCUGAAGGGUCAGGGGGCUGCGUUUGUGGAAUCCGAGGCCGCGGACUCCCCCGCGCACAGUAAGGACGCGUCCGAGGCGUCGGCCCACGACGAGCAGGUGCAGCAGGUCAUCAUCAUCCAGGGCUACAGCGACGAGGAGGUGACCAUCGACCAGGCCCUGGAGGAGUCGGCCGCCGCCACCCUGCAGACGCUGGCCAUGGCCGGCCAGGUGGCCGAGGUGCUCCACAUCACCGAGGACGGAGAGUUCAUAGCCUCGGGCCGGGAGGUGGCGGCGGCGGGGGCCCACCUGGCCGGAGGCAGCACCCAGUACGUGGUGCUGGAGUCGGGGGAGGCCCGCAAAGAGCUGCGGGCUUUGGCCAGGAGGGGGGGAACGAGCCACGUGGUCUCAGAGUCGUCCACGGCUCUGGACGCUCUGCUCAGCGCCGUCAGCGAGAUGGGCCACCACGAGGACCGGCGGGGCGCCCUGAGCCCCGAGGCGGCGGCCGCGCAGAGCGACGAGAAGCGGGACCACGGCGCGGUGCAGGUCAUCCAGGGGGGGGGCCAGGAGGGGAUGCAGGAGGUGCUGCAGCUCGCCGCGUCCCAGAUGAUGAAGGAAGGUCUGACCCAGGUCAUCGUCAACGACGAGGGGACGCACUACAUCGUGACCGAGCUGGACAACUGCACGCUGCAGGUGGAGGGGGGCGUGUAUGCGGAGGCUGGGGCGGGCGGCGGGGAGGUGGAGCAGGGGGAGCCGCAGGCCGGGGAGGAGAUGGUGGUCUACCUGGACGGGACCGCUCAUAAUGUAGUGAUGGAAGGCUAGCACACUUUCCACCUCUCAGUAGCCCUUGUUCUGGUAAGGCUCACAUUUUUUUUACAUCUCUUCUGUUUUGGGUUGUGUUUUGCUUCGGCUGAACUCAGGUUAAGCAUCUUUCAGUGAGAGGGACGGUGGGUUUUGGUGCCGAGUGAGUGAAUUUGCAAUCCUCACAUGCAGCAACGCUAUCCACUAAUGCCAUGCAAUUUGAGGAUAUACAUUUCCUCCUGAUAUUAACGUUUUCAAAUGCCUCUUAUAUUACGGGAGUCAUUAUAAAGCAAAAUAUCUAUUAUGCUUUUGCUCUUCUAUGUACUACGUUGUUUUGGUCUCAUUUUGACUACGACACAAUUAUUCAUUUCUUCCAUUGUGUGUAGAGAUUAUAGUAUUACUAGUUAUGAAACCAGUUUUCAUUACUUUUUGACAAAAUAACUCCUAAAUGGAUCUUACAGAUGAUUUAUAUGUAAUGAAACAGAGUUGGUAAUUAUGCAUCAGGUAAUUGUAAGUUUCACUUUUGGGAAACCUCUAUUCAUUAUUAUUGCAAUUUCAAUAAAAAUU